AUGUCGGAUUGUUCACCCGCUAAUAGGGAACGUGAGCUGGGUUUAGACCGUCGUGAGACAGAAAAUGAUCAAAACCGGAUUGCUGAAAUUUGGUAUGGUACACAUAACAACGGUACUAGUACUAUUUUAGAUAAUAACUUAGGUUCAAUCUUACUUAGUAGCAAAUUAAAAGAAUAUAAUAUAGAAAUUAAAUUCAUGUUGAAGAUUUUAAUGAUAGAAAAGCCUUUGAGUAUACAAGUACAUCCUGUCAAAACACAAGCUAUGGCUUUGAAUUCAAUUGACCCUAAAAAUUUCCCCGAUCCAAACAGCAAAGCGGAGAUCUGCAUAGCAAUAAGUGAUAAAUUUUAUUUAAUGUGUGGUUUACGUGACGAUAAGUCGUUAAAUCUAUUUGAGCAUACUCCUUUGUAUGAAUACGACAUUGGAGUAUUGACGCCAUUUUUUUUGAACUGUAUAAAAUUGGAAAAGUAUGGAUCCGCAUUCAUUCCACCGGGAACACCUCAUAGUUAUGUUUCUGGAGAUUGCAUCGAAAUUUUAGAAAAUAGUGAUAACGUUAUUAGAGGCGGAUUAACUCCAAAACAUAAAGAUAUUAAUUUAUUUAUUAAAAAUAUACAGUUUACGGAGAUAAUAGUUAAUAAAAAAUCAAAUUCCCAAAACAAUCUAUUUUGUCAUUCACUUGUAAAUAACCAUUGUCAUGAUUAUUUCAAAAUUUACCAAAUAAAUGCUGUUUGUGGUCUUCCAGUAGCUUUAGAUAAAUCUUUAUUUAAAGAAAAUCGACUAUUUUUCUUACUUUGCUGUGAUGGAUCUGCUAAUGUUAAACUGGAUAAUGAUUUUAGUCUUAAUUUGAAACACGGUGACUGUUUCUGUUUAAUCGAUUACAAGCCUAUGGAAAUUAUGUCGACUUCUGGAAAAUGCUCAAUAAUAUUAGCGUUUUAG